AUGGCUGACAAGCGCAAAGCACCGAUGACUGGGUUUGAUCCCGAGCCCAAGCGACCGCGCGUAUCCAGAGAAGAGGACAGUGACAGCGGGUCUGUACUGACGCCUGCAGAGCGGCCGCGCAACAACCCCAUCUUCGGCCAGAAAAGCGCAUUCCCCGGUCUCGACGACGGCGGCGAGGAGCUGACUUACGAGGAGCCAGAUGGUGCUCUGGAGUACCUGCGCAUGGUCCGAUCUGAAGCCAGUGCCCUACCGUCGCUCUUCAUCGCCCCAGCCUCGAAACAAGAAUCCAAAAAGCCGCAACAGGAUAUUGUGACAGUAGCCGUUGUCCCCGGUCGACAGUCAUUCUCUUUGCCGGCAGGGUUCUACGAGGACGAAGCCUUCAUUGCCCCUGCGAAUGCCAACAAGACCACGGUCGCUUCCCCGGAAGGUGCGUUCUCAGAAGCACAGAAUGUCUGCUACGAUCUCCUCCGUCACCGAUUUCGAUUACUCCGAUCAACCUUACGAUGUACACCCCCGGCUGACGCCAUCGCCGCCCUCGAUGACUUCCAUCCUAUCAGCCUUCCUCGCGGCCACGAAGCUGCGCGCAAAGUAUGGCGGCGUUUGAUACUGUCGGUGGAUCCACGCAUGACUCAACUGGCGUGCAUGGAUUCUCACACUGUACUCGGAGCCCUGGGCAUUGUCGCGCGAGAGCUGUCCGACGUUGUGCGCCACCAGAAUGCCGAAAACAUUCGACGUAUGGGAGCUUGGAUCUGGGGGAUACUGGGAAAGUGUCGCGAAGUGGGCGAGCUAUCUACGGAGGAUGUGGGAGCUAUUCGCGACCUUGGCAAACGAGCUGCCAAGAUUUGCGAGAAGAUCGGGGAGGAGAACAGCCAUUAUUCCCAGGACGGAUGUGACUCAGACGCCGGAGAGGAUAAUAGCACUGUGAAGGCAUCUCUGAAAGGCGAUUCUGGACAUGAUGAGCCACAGCAGGCCGAGGUCGUGGGUACUGGCGACUCUGACAUGUCCGGCGCUGAUAAGGAGUUAGACGACUUGGAGGCCGCAAAGGCACGUCUGCAGGCCCAACUACUGGGUGAAGAUGACACUCAACCAACAGGAGGGGCUGACCAAGAAGAGGAAGACUAUGUGUUGCAGCUAACUCGUGCCAUGCUUGACAUGAUCCUCACAAUUGUGGGCGAAUUCUUCGGACAGCGUGACUUACUGGAGGCACGUCAAACCUGGGCCAAUUAG